UCUACCCGGAAGUGUUGUCGCACAGGGCUGACUGUUCAUUCUCUGCAGAUCAUCCCUCAAAACAAACGUCUUCUUCCCUUAUUAAUUCAAUACGAAAUGUUAACGCUAUUAUGUUGUUUUAAACAAAAAUGACUGCGGCUAGCUGCAUGAUAAACCACGGGAAGACGGAGUGAUGGAGACAGCGCAGUUCUAUUCUAUGUGUAACCGAAUCUGAAGCACCAUGAUCCCUGUGCCUCUGCUGGUGUGUGUGAUGGGAGGCUGGUGUGUUGUCUAUCUCACCGACACACUAUUAAAGUCGUCCGUGAAACAUAGGAUCAGGUACGAGUCAUGGUUGGCCGGUCGAGGACUGAUGCUGUCUCCUUUCCAUGUGAGAUGGCAAACCACCAUGUUCAAUCGACUGUUUGCGUACUGCGCCCGCAUCAACCCCAGAGCCCAAUACUUGUGGUUCAACAGUGGUCUGGUAUUUGGUGUAGUGUCCAUGGUGGGAUCAGUGGUGCUGCUGAUCAGGACGCUGCAGCAGACCCUUGCUCAGAUGACCUCAGAUAACCCCCGGAUGGGGAAUCAGCAGACCCUGCAGGUGGUGGUCCCCGGUAUCAAUCUGCCCACCAGUCAGCUGGCCUACUUCUUCAUGGCCCUGCUGCUCAGCGGAGUCAUACAUGAGCUUGGCCACGCUGUGGCAGCGUUGAGGGAGCAAGUGCGAGUAAACGGCUUCGGCAUUUUUGUGUUUGUCGUUUAUCCCGGUGCGUUUGUGGACCUCUUCACAACGCACCUCAACAUCAUAUCGCCUGUUCAGCAACUCCGCAUCUUCUGUGCCGGAGUGUGGCACAACUUUGUCCUCUGUUUGGCAGCAUUAGCCUUCCUCUUCCUGUUGCCCAUUUUCCUGUUUCCCGUGUAUUCCACCGGUGGGGGGGCGCUGGUCAGUGAGGUCGUCCAGGGCGCUGCAGCGGAUGGUCCCCGAGGUCUGUCAGUUGGGGACAUAGUGGUCGGGCUGGAGGACUGCCCAGUCAAGGGGGUGGAGGACUGGAGCAGCUGCCUGUCUCACCUCUCUCACUCCCAACAGACUGGAUACUGUGUCCCGAGCAGCAGCCUGCAGCCCAGCUGGGCCCACGGAAGAGCCUUUAAGCGUUUGGAUGGAACGUUUGACUGCUGCAGCAACAACAGCCUGACAGAUCUCUGCUUCUCCUACAUGAAACCACAGAGCAAGAACAGCAAAGAGAGAGAGUACGCCUGCAUGCCGGUGCGAAAGAUGGUGACGGGGACGCAAGUGUGUCGUACCGCCGAAGACUGCACCGCACACACCGAAGUCGCCAGCAUCUGCGUGACCCCCUCUCUGGAGAACCAGACUCGCUUCAUCCGUGUCACACACCCACCCAACACACACAUGCUGUUUGUGGGGUAUCCACCACACCUGCAGUAUGCUGUGAGUCUGACCAACUUUGUCCCUCGGUUUGGUUUCCUCCACCUGGAUCUGCCUGUCUUCUUGGAGACCUUCUGCAAAUACGUAGUGUCCCUCUCUGGAGCUUUAGCAGUCGUAAACUCCGUUCCGUGCUUUGCUCUCGACGGUCAGUGGAUGCUGAAUGCACUGCUGGAGGCCACGCUGGUUACUGUGGUAACGGACCGUCAAAGGCGUGAGCUGAUUGGUUUCUUCCUUCUGCUGGCAGGCAGCGCCCUGCUAGCAGCCAACGUGGCACUGGGCCUGUGGAUGGUCACUGCACGGUAGCCACAGUAGUGAGCCACACUGGAAGGCAAAAAACUAAAUGAAUGAAUCCCCAUGUGGACUGAGUUGUUCUCUCAUGAUGUUUUUGACACGUGUGGACCAUUAAGCUGUGAACAGACUGCAUUACCCAUCAGUGCUGCCCAAUUUCAGGACACUGUUGAGCAGAACAUCUGCUUUACUGGACCAACAGGGAAAACAAUAACCAACUUUUAUUCACCUUUUUGCCGCCAUAUAAUCAUAAAGCACAUAUAUACAAAUAAAGAAUGCACUGUCCGAUGUGACCGUUUACAAACACUGCACAAUCUGUCCAAAUGUUAAUGUCUGUGUUGUCUUUGAAGUAUGAGGAGAAAACUGUCCUGGUUAUGAAAAGGUUUGAUUCCAAAAUGCCAUACGUUCCUCUUAACUCACUGUUCGACCUCAACGUGCUGCAGAGAUGUGUCCAUGAAGAGAGAAGCAAAAACAAGGGUAUAGUUUAAAAAAGCCUUACACUUAUUGGCAAAUGCAUGGCGGUUUGAAUGUCUAUUACACAUCAUUAGUGGAAAUAAUGUACUACCUAUUAUUCAUGUGACAGUAUUUCAUUUCAUUUAGCUCCUCACAGGUGUGUAAUUGCAACAAUGUUUUGUGAUUUCCAACAUGUUUCAAAUCCCCCAAAAAAUGUGCUCUGUCCCUCUGGCAUUGACGAAAAUGAAUUUGAAUAUGAUUUGUCACAAUUGUGGAAUAAAAGGCUCCUUUUAUUUAAGUCA